UGGAGGCUAACGUUACUCACACGGCGCGGGCGGGACAGACACACAGACUCACCACGCGCACAGACACACGCGCAGACUCGCAAUGGAUAGGCUGCCACACGCAAUGCGCAGACGCCUCUACAGCCUGCCCCAGCAUCUGUGCCCCCGUGCCAGCCUCAUUGACUGCGACGACGAACACACGAACAGCAGCCAGAACGAGCACCAGCAGCAGUCAUCCAACGCGGCCGAUCAACAGGGAGGUCUUUGCCCGAGCAUCGGAGGGAGUGGCGGUGGCGGUGGUGGUGGCGGCGGCGGUGGUGGCAGACUCAUUCGACUACGGACUCUUGCUUCGUCCACAUCUCCCUCGAGCACCGGCGGUGGUGGUGGUGGUGGUGCGGCAACCACCGCCACAACAACAACAACAAUCGCGAACACGAUCUCGCCGGGAGUUGAGUCUUGCCGAGACGAGGACGAGACCAGAGUUCUGGUGGCCAAGUGCAGUCCCAACGGCGACUGCGCGCAGAGUCGCGAGAGCCUCGCGUCCGUGGAGACCAACUUCGGCAGCUGUCGAUUCCUCGAGGACUCGGCACCGCAGGAAUCAUCCGACUCCAACAACGCGACCACCAUCCGCUUCGCGGACGGGGCCAUGAAAAGGUCGUCGAAGCGACGUCAACAGCAGCGCGUUGGUGGCUCACGAAAGGACGACUCUUUAUCUUCGGAGCAGCAGCAGCAGCAGCGGAGGAUGUCUCGUCGUGGGGGCAGCGGUGCCAGCGUCGGCGGCUCGAUGUCUUUGCUCAAAGCGGAGGACGGAGGGCCGGGCGCGAACCUCGGUUCGACCUCCGCGGCGGGGGAAGACGUGGACCAGACUGGCAGUCAGAGCAGCUUCAUGCACCGGCAGUUCAGCGCGAUGAUGCUGCCCGGCGUUAACAAAUUCUCGCUGAGGAUGUUCGGCAGCCAGAAGGCGGUGGAGAAGGAGCAGGAGAGGGUCAAGUUGGCCGGAUUCUGGAUCAUCCACCCAUACAGCGACUUCAGGUUCUACUGGGACCUCGUCAUGCUGCUGCUGAUGGUGGGCAACCUCAUCGUGAUCCCCGUGGGAAUCACCUUCUUCAAGGAGGAGACCACGACGCCGUGGAUCAUCUUCAACGUCUUCUCGGACACAUUCUUCCUCGUCGACCUCGUGCUCAACUUCCGCACGGGCAUCGUGGUCGAGGACAACACCGACAUCAUCCUGGACCCGCGCAAGAUCAAGCGCACGUACCUGCGCACCUGGUUCCUGGUGGACCUGGUGUCCUCCAUCCCCGUCGACUACAUCUUCCUCAUCGUGGAGAGCGGCAUGGACUCGGACGUGUACAAGACGGCGCGCGCCCUGCGCAUCGUGCGCUUCGCAAAGAUCCUCAGCCUGCUGCGGCUGCUGCGUCUGUCCAGGCUCAUUCGCUACAUCCACCAGUGGGAGGAGCAGUGGAGCGACAAAACGGCUCUGCUGGUGCCGCUGCUUGUAGCCGCGCAGUUUGUAAAUUGGAAUGCGCAUCGACAUACGCGCGGGUGUUAUAUUCCACGGCGCGUAUGA